AAGACCUCCUGUGCAUCAAGUCGCGUUCGUUGUGCGUUCAGAAAUUUAAAAAAAUUGCCAGUAUUCAGUUUGCGCUCACCCACACUAUUAAGUGGUUUCAUCUUAAAAAGUCUUGGAGUACAAAAAAAUGAAGUACAAAUCGAAGUAGCUAAAUCAACGAAAUGAAGCGCUUGCAUCCCUCGCCUAGAAGAUAAACUCGAAAGUCGACUUUUUUUUGUUUUCCAUCCGGUUGAUCAUGAAUGAGUUCGACGGCGUUGAUAAUUUUACCCAAGAAGGAAUGUCAACAACUAGCAUCUAUCUGGAGGCAACCAACGAUUCAGAUCUGCACAAUGGAACUGACUUUGGGAUGGAAUACGAAGAGUAUAUCUAUGAUAAAGUCUACAUUAGGAUUAUAUUCAUCUCGCUCUACACUGUCGUCUUUUGUCUGUGCUUUUUUGGAAAUUUGCUGGUUAUUUUGGUCGUGACAUUAAGUCGACGACUUCGAUCAAUCACCAACUUCUUCCUGGCUAAUCUGGCUGUAGCCGACUUCUGUGUGGCUGUUUUUUGCGUCUACCAAAACCUGUUUAUAUACUUCGUCGACAGCUGGAUGCUUGGCGAGUUUUUGUGCAAGAUGUACAUGUUUAUCCAAUCACUUAGUAACACUGCAAGUAUUUUUAUCCUCGUUAUCAUUUGCAUCGAGAGAUAUUUUGCUAUCAUUUACCCCAUAACUUGCAAACAGAUCCUCACGCCGAGACGACUUAGGUUAAUCAUUUUAGGAGUCUGGAUUACAUGCAUCCUCUACAGCGCUCCAAAAUUUUAUUGGGGUAACACUGUAACAGUCCCCACGAAAAACAUGACAGAGACUAUGUGUGUCUUGAACAGGACGAAGUAUAAUUCGGAAUUGUUCGACGUGACUCAUUUCGUUUUGUUUUACAACAUCCCUCUAAUUAUUAUGUCGUUGCUCUAUUCGAGGAUUGCAAUUUGUCUCUGGAAUAGCUCUCAACAAUUGAAAAAACAACUCAACGCUUCCACCAACUCUAAUCAGUAUCAGGGAUUGUGUCAACGACAAUCCAGUCGAUAUCGAAGCGAUAAAAAGGUGGCCAACGGCGCCGGCGACGCCAAACUCUUGCAAAACUCCUCAUCGAAUAUGCCUGCGAAUUCGAGCCAGAACGUCCUUGCGGCUCGCAGAGGCGUAAUCAAGAUGCUCAUAAUCGUCGUUUGUGCUUUUGCCGUGUGCAACUUGCCCUUCCACGCGAGAAAAAUGUGGCAAUAUCGGUCAUCCAAUUAUCACGGGGAUACCAACUUCAGCGCCCUCUUCACCCCAUUAACUUUCCUCGCCACAUAUUUCAACUCGGGAGUCAACCCUUUGCUUUACGCCUUUCUAUCAAAAAACUUCAGAAGGGGCAUGAGGGAGAUCCUGCUGUGCUCUUGCCGCAGGAGGAGGCAGCAGGGAAAUCGGAACCAUCUGAGUUUGCAUGUGGGCAUUCAGAGGCAUGCGUCCACAAGAUCCACCGUCAAAGCCAACGCAACAACGGUCACGAUUGUGAAUAAUGACCACAGUUCAGAAUGUUCACAUGAUGUAUGAGGUUGCGCUUCCUGUCUCUACUGUUCAAAAUACAGUUAAAGAGACAGAAAUGAAAUAAAAGUGUUUGUAUAUGAAAACAGUUUUAUGUUGAGGAGCUUUAAAAUGUUACAAGUUUGUGAAUUUGAUGUGAUGUAAUAUUCUAAAACUGAGCAUUGCAGUAAUAAUGACUCAGUUAUAAAAUAUUACUUAUCUGUGUUUGUAAAUACUUAAAAUGAAUUUAAGCAGUAUGUAUUUUCCUACUUGUUUCAAA